AAGAACAAGAACAAGCCGCAACUGUCAGUGCGAGCUUUUUCCUCGUCGAGAUCGACGUUCUUAAUCGCUUUAUGGCUGUAACUGCGUUUUACCAUGACAGCACAACUCCUUCUUCGACUGGAAGGUCCUCUGACGAGGCAUGGAAACAACUGGUUGAAAGCGGUUCGCAAGAGCCGGGCCAGCUUCGCGUCGCUGUGUGGUUUCCCCAAAAAAACAGACUUAAGGCUCAUCAAUACAAUCAAAUCAUUUAUUCCAACGGUCAACAUUUUCUUCUGUUUCCUUCAUCUUAGGAUUAUUCUGAAGAACUGUCUUCAGGGAAGAAAUGAAUUGUUUUGAGCUCUAGAUUGAGUUCACCACUACUGCUACUACUUCUACUCUAAUAGACGCCUAUCUUUGUCGGCAAAGAAAACGGCGGAAAAUAACAGGAGGAGCGUUCAUUUGGCGGUAAACAUUGAAACAAGCAGAGCACGAAUCAAAGAAUUUCAUAUUAGUACAGAAGUGCGAGAUCGCAAAACCAUCCAGAAAAUGUACAAGCCACUCAAGGUUUAGGAAAAAAUCUUCACAGGAGCAUCCAGGAAUGUACUACAAGCCACUUCAGGCUUUUGCAGGACUGGGUAUAUCUCAUCAUCAUCAUGAUCAUCAUCAUCAUCAACUCCGAAAACGUUUCAGUUUGUUACUUCAACUCAAAAAGGGCCUAGGAACGAUGUCGUUGAUUGUUAGUUUAUAACUGCGAGUCCUGACUCUGAGGAUGACCCUCCUCUCGCUGCUUCAUAAAGCGGGCCUCGUUCACAACAAGACGACACACCCAAGAAAAUUGCAAACAAAAAUUAUCAUAUAUGUUGAGAUGCAGCUUAUUUUUACUACAGUUUAACAUUUAAGUAGAAAAUAUAAGUAGGAAGGUU